CCGCCAAAGAGGGUUCUGGAUAUCGGCUGCGGCGAUGGCCAAUGGAUCGUAGACAUGACGCAGAAAUGGCCAGAGGCAGAAUUUAUCGGCAUGGAUCUCGUUCCGAUACAGACACCCGUGAAACUUUUAGAGAAAGACGUUCAAAAGCGUGUUUCUUGGGUUGUGGGCAAUGCACUUCAAGGUCUACCUUUUCCGGAUCAAUGCUUUGAUUUGGUUCAUAUACGUUUUCUCAAUUACGGUAUCCCAAAGCAAAAGUGGCCAGGUUUAUUGGAAGAGGUGAAUCGAGUCUUGAGUCCAGCAGGUGAGCUGUGCAUUUUGGAAACUGAUGUC